ACGUGGCCGUUCUCAGAUGUCUCUUUGUUUCUCAGUGGCAAGAGGAAGGAGUAUUUUGGGCCUUACAAUUUUUAUAUCAUCGAUUACGCAGAAUAAACGAAGAAAGUUCGGUGCAACAGAUGCCCCGUCGUCGUAGCAAUUCCUUACCGAUACCCAAAAUCGAGGUCUCGAUUUAUCAGAGUCCUGAGAGUAAGAAAAAAGAUGUUUCGAAAGAUUUCAUUGAGAUACCAGAAGUACGAGAUGUCUCUUUGCUGGCGGAAUUACCAUGUCUGACCUGCGAAGGUCACGAGGGAGAGUCAAGUCAUACCAGACGUGCUAGCGAAAAGACGAAAAAACGUAUGAAGAUGGCUGACCUAAAAGCUUUUGUCGAGACUAAGAUUUUAUCCAAAUCGGAGAAAGCUCUUGAAAAGAUUGGUCAGGAAGACACUAAGAUGCUAUUCGAACAAGACAGUCAUAGGAGUCUCGAUACAGGUGAUGAUCAAUUGACCAGACCAACAUCAACUAGCUCAAAAAUCUUUGAAGCUAAGGACGUAGAUCGUAUGAAACAUCCGACUAAUUUAGUUAAAGGAAAAAGCAUGCCAAGUUUAAGCUGCUUGAUUAACGAGCUGACCGCGGGAGGGUACAUUGGUGACACUCGUAUCGAGAGGAAACAAAGUCGAUUUUAUAGCCAAUCUUACACCGCACCAAAUCCUAUUAUUACCGUCACGGAACACACGCCUACACCAUCACCGGAAUACAUGAAACGAAUGCAGGGAUCGAUCGAUAGCCAAUUAGAUGCUAUCAGCAUACACGGUGGAAGAUUGGAUUUCGAAAGGAAACCGAGCCUUACCAGAUCUCAAACAGAUUCUAAUAUUACUUACAUGAGUGACGAAGUGCCAGAAGCACCUGGUUCAGGCAGUUAUAUCACUAAAGAGGGUGAUAUCGAUUACCAAGUUGUUCUCAAGGCUGUUAACUCGGUUGCAUUACGUGACAAUACUUGUUGCACGGCUCGUGUUUGCGAAAGUAUUCUGAACCUUGUUGAACUCUUAAUGGAUAUGGGUGUGAUGAAACAAUGUCUUCGCGAUGAAACUAUGGGCAGUAAUUUAGGGUCGGGUACAGGAAUGGACAAAUCGGAAAACUUACGAAAACAUGAUUCUCCAGUGAACGAUCAAGAAAUUAGACACGAUUCAAAUGGAAAGAAUAAAUCAACAGCUCAUAAUCUUCUGAUGAAUUGCGUUAUCAGAGUACUAAGACAUUUGGGUUGUCCACAUGGAUGUUCCGAUGGGAUUCGUGGACCUCAUGCGGAUUUCUGUCGUUCUCAGGGACAAACGAUUUUAGGAAAAUUACAUCGAGCAAGUUAUAAACAAUUUUCGAAAUUUCUGAGAACGAUGAUACGCGAACAACCCAUCUCGGAAAUCUUAGACUUUUUUCACGCAUACGUUGGCUUCUGCGUCGAUCCAACUUCGUUGCUAUCUCCAUUAAUUUUUCAAUUUGUAACAGAUCAAAAACGGGGUUCGAACAAGUCACCGGAUGCUGCAUCUCAAGGUGGUUAUGCUACGAAUUUCGGUGCUGGUAUGAUAGGCAGUGGUAGUAGCAAUGUUGGUACUACGAAUACUACGUCUCAUACAGGAGCAACAAAUACAGGAACAACUAAUAUCGUACCAGUGACCGCAUCCUAUGGUACUGGCAAUUACGGAGCUCGUGGCAUCGAGGGUCAAAUAAUGAAUUGUGUUUUCAAAACUCUUGUGACUCGAUUUAUUCAAUCUGCCAAAGAAUGGAGAUCCCAUGAAAAUAUUGCCCUUUAUUGCGAUCUUAGGCAAUUCAUGACUUACGUUAAAGAAGCUCACGGUGGUAUAUUUCGACGUGUUGCCUUAAGCGGCAUUUUAGAUUCAACCGAUCGUCCCAACAAACGUUGCAACAGCAAAGUUCAAACAACUCGUGUGAUCAGACACAUACACCAAUCGGAUUUAGAAGAACACGCGGAUAUUGGUGGUGAUACUUGUUUCACGGUCGAUGACAGAGGCACCAGAAAAUUUCUAUUUAAGAAGAGAAGUACUUCUUCAACUUGUGCAAGUCUACUUGAAACUGAAUUGAACGAAGAGAAUUCGAAAAUAAGUCAAAGUCCAUUAGGUAAUUUGCGAAAGAAACAUCACGUGUUAACGCCUAGACAAAGUGAACGCAAUUUAGGAAUUGGAGAAGUGUAUUUAUCAGGAAAAAUGCGAAAAUCAACUCGUUUUCAAAUUGGAGGUAUUGUCAAUUGGUUUCGAAAGGAGUAUGGAAGAACUGAUUCUACAGAUAGUCAUGAAAGUAGCGAGUCACCAACGGAUGGUAGUUUCGUAAGACAACCGAGUUUGCAUUAUGGUCAUCACCGAAGUACUUCUCGAACGAGUCGUGGAGUUGGACAAACCUUACAAAAAGCACGGCGUCGUAUGGAAGAUCAAUUGAACAAAAUUGGUUUUGGUAAAAGCAAAAAGAAAGAAAGUUUGGAAGAACCACCAGGUAGCUAUUUUAGUAGAAGAAAUUCCAUGGAACUGGGCGAAGCUUCAAGGGAAUCCGAAUUUGUAGUUUUAAAGGAAAGAAGAUUGGUACCUCAAACGUCUAUCUACGAUGGAAUGUUGAGGUUUUCUUUUCUUUUGGAAACAUGCCAACCUGGCACUUUCCCCGACCAUCAUUUGAUGGCUGCAAUAUUAGAUCUUCCUUAUGCACCUGUAGUUUCUCGUGCCUGUUUGAUAUUGGAAUGCGCCCAUUUUGUGCAUCAAUGCAACAAAGGGCAUUGGCCGACGUGGAUGAAAGUUAACUUUCCUAUUUUUCGACCAUCCGUUCCGAUGAACAAUCGUAAUGCAUCGGCUGCUAUGAGACGAAUCCAUAUGUUGCAGAGAACUGCGGGAAAAUUAUUUUAUCAGUGGGCAGAGGCAAUAGGCGCGAGAUUGGAGGAAUUAUUAAUCGAGGAUAAACAAAAUAUCGAUCAGGUGAUUUCUAUGGUUUCUGAUGAAAGUAAGCAACGUGAUUUGAUCAUCGAAGAUGAAGAAGAGGAUUUCCUAGACGAAGCUAGCAUUAAUUCUUAUGGAUCGCAGUGUCCAAUAGCAUUGCGCUUGGUUGCGUGUAUUCUUCUUUUGGAAGUAACAGCUUUUCUAAGGGAGACUUAUCGGACAUUACCGAAAUCCAGUAAACAUUUAACUAGGGAGCGUCCACCUCCUUGGGACAGAAUGUGCAGCAGAGAAGCGAAUCGAAGGUGGAGUGUAGCUCUUUCAUCGAUGGGCCAUUCUCAAACUUCGGCCCAGAGUCUUCAAUCGAUUGCUGGAGAUCGUGAAAUGACUACCGAACGUAAAAUCAGUUUCGUUCUCUACGAACCUGAUAACGAGUCAGAAGGAAGCAGUAAAUCAACAGUUACGAUUCAAGGAGAGGAACAGAAUAUUGAGAAAGAUAAAGGUAAACGGGCACAGGCACAGGCACAUCAAAGUAGGCCAAUUUUGUUACGCCGUGGUACUGGCGGUACCACCACAGGUUCAUUCAAGAAGAGAAGCUUAAAACUUCGGCGUGGAACCAAAGAGGGCAAGGAUACAGAAUGCGAAGCAUUUACAGUUAAACGAGCAGAUUCCAUACAAUCGAAAAGAAAAGUAAGUUCAUUGUCCGACAGAAGCGACACUUCUGAACCCGGUGGUUUAGGUGGCGAGGUCAGUGGUGAAGAAUCUCCCGGGAUUCUCAGUGAUGAUCAGCCUCCGGAAAGUCCAAGCGACAGCAAUGAAACUGAUGAGACCAAUAAAAAUUUUCCUUGGAUGAAGGUGCUAGUACAAGUAUCAAAUUCCUUCAACUUUUAUUGCUCCCAUCAAAAUUUCUGCCAUCCAUUUUGUCAUCGUCGUCAAAUGCGUGCUAGCAGUAGACUAAUCAAAUCCGUUAGGAAGAUUUACGGCGAGGAAUUUGGAAUAUUGAACGGUACAGGUAUGUUCGAUGCUGACAGCGAUAAAAAAGAAGAUGGCAAGAAAGAUAAACGAAGUCGUAAGGUUUCCGAACAAACUAGCACCCAAGUAUCACCCGUACGAAGAAAAGAUAGCGUAGGACGAAAGUACAAAAUUGACAAGAAUAUGGACGGAUCGCAAUCAGGUCGAUUAUGUCAAAGAGAUUCUUCCAAGGAUUUGGCGGACCAAGAUUCAGCCGACAAAGGAAAGGAGUCGUCGAAAAACUUAGAUGCAAAAGCUGAUUCCGAAGCAGAAACCCCAGCGAUUCUAAAAUAUAUAAAAACACAAGUAAAGGAUGCUUUCCACGCUCCUAUGGCGACUUUGGUAAAAGGUGCAGUUGUGAUGACCGAGGAUUUGUUCGUGGACGUUCUACCUGUUGCUUGGGAACUUUUGUUAGAGUCCAAUCAAGAAGUAGCUGCAUCAGCAGCAUCUCUGUUUAUAGUGGCAGCUGUGCGAGCUCCAAAUCAAGCCAGCGAAAUAAUGAACAAUGGUCUUCAACAUAGCAAUUCCUCGGUACGAAUAAAUGCUAUCUUGAGAUUUCAAGUUUUGUGGAAAUUGCGUUAUCAGGUAUGGCCUAGAAUGGAAGAAGCGGCUCAUAUGACUUUUAAAGUUCCACCACCUGGAAUUGAAUUUACUUUGCCAUCUCCGAAAAUUGGCAUCGAAUCUUUACCAGUUGUUGACCCACCUUGGAUGCCUCAAGUUAAAACUAAAGUUGAAGAAGUUACCAUUAAUCAAGAACGUCAUAGAUCAUUGGUGACGGCAACAAAAACUCGAAAGAAACAACAGACUGAGUUAAUUAAAAGGGCUUUGCAAGCUCAAGACGAUAAAAAGAGAGAGGAAAGAGAAAAUUUUCUAAUAACAACAAUCCCAAUUACUGUUCAAGCUGCUUACGAACCUAGUCCAGUAGGAGAUGAUCAUGAUGAAGGUAAUGUUGGAGAUGAGGAUGGGGGUGAGGCAAUACCUAGGAAUACUCAACAUCAUGGUCAAUCAGCCCUGUCAUUAUUUCCAUCUUCUUUGUGUUCUGCUAUUGUUCAAAUCAUAAAUUUACUUGAUAACGCCGCGGUAUCUGAUGAUGGAAACGCGGUUUAUGAAGUUGCAUAUCAGGUGAUUUGGGGAUGUCUUGUAGAAGACAGUGCACUUUUCCUUCGUUACGUUUUGGAACGUCUUACAAGGGAUAAACAAGAAUUAAUGUUUAAGAUCUUACGACACCUUAUUAGAUUUGUCCCAAAACUACCACAGCAAGCAGCUUUUGCUUUAUAUAAUUACAUUAUUGGAUAUGUGAUGUUCUACGUUCGUUCACCUCAUGAAGAAGGCCAGAAAUUAAUUGGUACUGCUCUGUCUAUUUUAUGGAUGGUCGUUCAUAGUGUACAUGGCAUAAUGUUCAAGGAUUUAAAACAAAUUCUUCGUAAGGAACAAUGUGAUGCAUCAAUUUUGUUAACAGCAAACGUUCCUUCAGCAAAAAAGAUUAUUGUUCAUGGACCUCAGGAUGUUGACGCUGCUGGAAUACCAUCUCAGUUUCCGGUACAGGAAGAUACACAGUUUUGUCAAAUAUUAAGGGAAUCUUUGGAUUUUUUUGGAAUCGAGGAACUCAAGCAUAGAGAAUACUUUCUUGUUGAUUAUAAAACACAUCAAAUACAUAAUCCAUCAUCUUACGUUCGAGAUUAUUACUUUUUUAAAAGAUCUCAGUAUCCGCAGAUACAAUUGGUUCAUAUGAAACCUGAAGAUGCAUUUAAUGCGCUACAACGACGAGAGCUUAUUCACAAGUUCGUUGAAAUUGGAAAAGUUUUACUGACAUGGGCAAUCUUGAAGAACGUUGACAUGGUCGUACAGAGAGUUGUAUUUCUACACGAAGAACUCAUGAAGUUACCAUCCUUUCCUAGAAAAGCAUUAGAAGCGGAUUUAGAUCUUUACAAGGGCGGUGAAAUAGGAAGAGAACUUCUUGGAUUAGACGUAAUGCACAAAUUCAUGUGGGUUAGACUAAUAGCCAGAAUGUUCGAAGCAAUGGCUGGAAAUUUUGCUUACUCGGGAGACAUUCAUUUAUUUUUAAACGUGUUGAAUGGUGCUGUUAUACUUCACAGCGAGGAUUCCUGCAUUUUACGAUACGUUAUUGCCACUUACAUAAAUUCUGCGCAUAAUUUUAAAAAUAUCUUUUCAACCAAUGGUUAUCUUUUGAUAAUGCCAACGUUGUUACAAUUGUACGCGACUCAUCAAGCUAACAAAUUGGUUACCACAACGGUGGAAUAUGCGGUUAAACAAUUUUACUUGAUGAAUAGGAAACCAUUUAUUCUUCAAAUGUUUGGAAGCGUGUCAACGAUAUUGGAUACCGACGAGACAAGUGUUCAUGGAGAAGCUCACAAAGUACCUUCCACUUGUUUAUUCAACUUGUUACUGAGUUUGGAAACACCAUCACCCGAUCCUUUAAAUAUUGGAGAACUGGUGAAGGAAGAAAAGCCUUUGAAAGCUAUUGACUUUUGUUAUCAUGACGAGAAUGAAAUGGUUACUGUUCUGGAUUGCAUAUCGCUCUGUGUUAUGGUUAUUGCUUACUCUGCUGACUCUAUUCGAGGACAGCAAAUGCUGAUAAUACUAGAAGCAAUAUUGCCAUGUUACGUUCAACAGAUUCAAUCUCCUACAUACAACAAGGAAGGAAAAACAGAAAAAGAAAUAAUCAAUCAAUUAGCUAUAGCUGUUAAAACAUUGGUUAAUAAUUCAGAGGCUCUAACAAAGUACUAUAAUGGACCACAAAAGUCAAGUCCUGAACACAAGGGAUCCAGUCAAAGGAAUUAUGGUAAAGGUCCUUAUUCUCCAGGUGUUGAUUUUGAGGAUGAUCCACAUCCCACCAAAUACAUCGAACAUUCCAAAGCAAGAAAUUUUUACGACCGCGAUGACGACGCUGAGAGUUCUCAUAAAAAUGAAUUUAGGAGACCGCGCGAUACUUUGCUCAAUAUGGUGGGAGAAUUCGUUGCACGUUGUACCAUACGUUUGACAGAAUUGAACAAGAAAUCUCAGGAUGGUAAAACGAUUGAGCUACUUGAUUCCAAAUGUCACGUGCGAUUAGCCGAUAUUGCUCAUAGUCUUUUAAAAAUUGCCCCUUACGAUGCUGGAACAAUGGGCUGCCGUGGUUUAAGAAGAUACAUGAACGACAUAUUACCUUCCACCGAAUGGUCCAACGAUGAUAUGAGACCAGCUUUGACUAUUAUUUUACGACGACUUGAUAAAACCUUUAGCAAGAUCCAUAAAAAAGCAUCGAUCAGACGAAAUAUUAAUUGGUCUGCAGCAAGUGAUCUUUUGAAAGGCGUUUAUGAAACCCUUGCAAGGUGUCCCUAUAUAGCACACUUUCAAUACUUGAAAACUUUACUAAGUACAUGCCAGUCUCUAAUUAUUGGUGAUACUCAACCUGAAGAUGUCGUAUCUGCCUCGUCAGCUGCACUAAUGAGUAAAAUACCACCACAAUACUUUUGUUCAACAGUUUUACGUCUAAUAGCGUUACACGUGAUUUCUCUCGGUGAGGGCUACUCUUUGGAAAAUGUUUGCAACGGUCAAGCCAUGUUUUCUAGUCAGACGAAGACAGAAAAUAUGCUUCUCAAUUUAUUGAUACCAUUAUUUCUACGCGUUGGAACCGGGCGAAAAGAUGUUCCAAAGUUGAGACAAUCGGAUAUAAGUUUUGCAUUAACAGCAGUUUUAAAUACCCUCUGGCCCCCAACGAAGGCGACAACAGUAACUGUUCAGACUUUAAAAACAACUGUAGAUGCCAGACCUGGUAGUCUAACUUUCGCAGCUAGAGAUUCGAAAACAUUAACUAAAACAUCGUUAACUUUGUAUCAAGUUGCCUUUUUAGGUUGGUCAAACGCCUAUUUCCGAUCACGAGAGAACUAUGCAUAGUAUAAUACGUGAGAAAAUCAACGGUAAUUCUACGACUGUCCCUAAAUCUCGGGGAACUCUUCUGACAGACCUCAUUCACGAACUGA